CGACUGUGUCAAACGAUUUACGACGCAACGUAAAGCGGUUCGGUCCUGGUGGCAACAACCUAGUUAGACUGCCUCCAUGUAAGUAGUGAAAACAAUGUUUAACAAAAAGCCCAGGAGGAACUUUCGGCAGAGAAAGGAGAGCUCCAGUGACGAGGGGGGGCAGGAGAGCCGAGGAGACGGAGAGGGGGACGAGAGAGCUCCGGCUGCGGUGAAUACGGUCCCCAAGCUGGCCCCGGGCCGCGGCAUAAGUUGCAGCUCCAAGCGGGAAACGACGCCCCCCAAGCCGGACAGCAGUGACGGAGAAGACGGGGAGACGUUGGAAGUGACAGAAGACAGAGGAGGGAGGAACAAAGAUGGGUUUAAGAAGAAAAAAAACGCCAUCCUCAGUUUCUCUGACGACAAAGAAGCUGGGGAACCCACAUUUAAACUGAAGAAGUCCUCUGAUAAAGCAGUGCUGUUCAAAGUAAGAAGGAAGGGGGCUUCACCUGCCGGGACCAGCAAAAGCACAGCCACAGCAGGUGGAAGUGUCGGACCAUCUGUUUCUCCCAGGCAAGAUUAUGACAGUCAGGCUUCACCACGCGCCAUGCACCGUAACGAUGACGACGAUUAUGAUGAUGACGAUGACAGUGAUAUCAGUUCCCUCUCAUCUGCCUCAGCCACAGCCUCAGACUCCAGCUGCCCUCCUGCUAAACCAAUAGUUAUCCCUAAAGCUGAAGAGAUCAAGGCAGCCAGGCGGCAGCGUCACAACACUCGCACCCAGAAAGAAUUCAUUUCCCUGGGUAGAGACGGCCACAGCUCCGCUGGUAGCACCCCAGAUCACUACAGCAGGGAAGAUGAGGAGGACAGAGUUGAUGGUGAUGACGAUGAGCCAGAUGAUCAUGAGAGAAGAAUCGAGUUUGCCCCAAGACUGAAGAGCAUAAGGGAGAGGAUUGCAGAGAAACUUGGAGAAAGUGAAAGCAGUCUUUCAGGAACUGAUGGAGAAGAGCAGGAACUUUGGGAGGAGACACAAAUUGAGAAGGGAGUCAAGAGACGACCAGGAGGACAGAGCCCAUCUGGCAGUGAAGCAAGCGGCUACAGCAGCAACGGCGGCAGCAGGAGAGACGGAGGACGUCAAAAGAAGAGAUCAACAGGGGUCAGAAUCCCAACUCUUCCUGCAAUCAGUAUCUCAAUGGUCAAGAAGAGGAUCACUGGAAAACUAGACUCUCUGAAGGAGGUGCACAGAGCACGGCAGGCGGAGCUGAGGAGGAUGGAGAGCGACGUUGAGUGUGCUAAAACCUCUGCGGAGAGUCUGGAGGAAAGUUCCUCAGAGAAACAGCUGAAGUUUUACAGGACCAUGACCCUCUACAUCCACAACCUGGUGGAGUGUCUACGGGAGAAGGUUAUGGAGAUCAACUCUCUGGAACUGGAGUUGCAUUCUCUGUUAUCUGACCAGAUGGAUGAGCUGUUAGCACAGAGGCGACAGAUGAUCAAGGAGGAGGCCGACCGCCUGCAGCAGCUCAGCUAUCAGCAGAGUGGCAGCUCCACCGAUAAAACCGAAACUCAAGGAGAGGUAGCCUCUGAUGUUAAAGCUGAAGAAGAUUUUGAUAUACCUGAAGACCCACAACCCUCAGCCGAAGAGGAGGAGCAGCUGCAGAAGACAAUAGCUGACAUCCUGUUGAGGUCCCAGGCAGUGUUUUCUGACGUCCAGAACGAUUUCUCCGACGUUAAGAAGAUUCUGUCCCGGUUUGAAGAAUGGAGAGGAUCUUACUCUGACUCUUACCACAACGCCUACAUCUCUCUGUGUCUGCCCAAGCUGUUGAACCCCAUCAUCAGACAUCAGCUACUGGCCUGGAACCCACUGAAGAACGAUAGUGGGGACUUUGAAAACCUCCCGUGGUUCACAGCUGUUGAGACCUUUUGUCAUGGUCAUGGCCACGAGGAACUCGAGCACACAGACAGACAGACACAGUCUAAUGUCAUAGAAAAGACUGUCCUACCCAAAAUAACAGCCUAUGUGGAGCUGGUGUGGGAUCCCAUGUCCCGCCAUCAGUCGGUCUGCCUAUCGGAAGUUUGUCACAAACUGAAGGAGGACUAUUCCAUCUUUGAAGGAGAGCAAAGUAAACCGGUCAAGGCAUUCAAAGAGGCGGUGAUCGGACGACUGAGGAGCUGCGCAGAUGAAGAUGUCUUCAUCCCUCUGUACCCCAAAAAGUUCCUAGAGGACAAGUUGUCUCCUCAGUGUCGCUUCAGGGAUCAACAGUUCUGGAUGGCCAUAAAACUACUAGGUAACAUGGGAAAAUGGGAUUUACUGCUUCCUGAGUCUGUUUUGAAAGAACUGAUGUUGGACAAACUGCUGAACCGAUACCUGAUGAUCACCCUUUGCAGUCAGACGCUGUACAACAAUGCUGUACAUGCAUGCAAAAAGAUAGCAGAUAGUCUGCCGCUCUCUUGGUUCAAAGAAGAGGAUGCCUGUUUGCCUCAGCUCCAGAAUUUCAGAAACCAUCUUGUUCAGGAAGUUCAUACCAUCUGCAAACAGCAGCCUCCUGAAAAUCCAAAUACCAAGUCUUCUGUGGUUGAAGUGUUGCAGAUUUUGAGUAGAAUCAGGUGCAAUGACUCCAUCAUGGCGAUAGCAGAGAAAUACCACUAUGAAGAUGUCAUCUACUCACAUCAGCUGCUGAACCAAGACACCAUAUGAACAACAAGCUAUUUGGAAUGGAAGGUGGAUCAAACAGCAAAGAUUGUACACUGUCAUUUAAAAAAAGCAAUUGUCAAAGACAUUGUACAGCAGGAGAGAACGGAGUUGAUUCUGCCUUGUGAACUAGAUCACAUAUGGAUAGAGCCAUGAGACCAUUUAUGUCUCCUAAUGGUGGAUGGCCACUGCUUGUCAGACCAGCACUGUAUACUUACUGUGUAUAAUAGUGUGUGUGAGGUGGAGCAUAAAAUGUGAGCCAGCCAAUGGUACAAAUGUCAUGACACUGCCAAGAAAAAUUCUUUGGGGAAAAAUAAUUCCCCUUCCUGCAUUUUUGUAGUCAUGAACAAUGUGCUGUCUGUUUUGUACAUGAGAUUAAUGUUUUUUUAAUGAAUAAAUAUUUUGAAGUUUUAUUUAGAUUCUACUUCCUGUCAUGUUGAAUGUUAUUUACACCCAAGUUGAUUUGCUAAUACUAAUAUCUCACUUUCCAAAAUAAGGUGAUGGCAUAGCCACUUUUUUAAGAUGUUUGACUUUAUAUAGACCGUUUCUACAGAAUUGCAUUGCUAGGCAACAGCUUGGUUCCAUGGC